AUGUACAGCAAUUACAAGAUUACAGCAAUUACAAAAUUACAAGAUUACAGCAAUUACAAGAUCACAGCAAUUACAAGAAUUACAAGAUUACAGCAAUUACAAGAUUACAAUUACAAGAUUACAACGAUUACAAGAUUACAACAAUUACAAGAUUACAAGAUUACAAGAUUACAAGAUUACAAGGAUUACAAGGAUUACAAGAUUACAGCAAUUACAAGAUUACAAGAUUACAAGGAUUACAAGAUUACAGCAAUUACAAGAUUACAAGGAUUACAAGAUUACAGAAUUACAAGAUUACAACAAUUACAAGAUUACAAGGAUUACAAGAUUACAACAAUUACAAGAUUACAAGAUUACAAGAUUACAAGGAUUACAAGAUUACAACAAUUACAAGAUUACAGCGAUUACAAGAUUACAAGGAUUACAAGAUUACAGCAAUUACAAGAUUACAACGAUUACAAGAUUACAACGAUUACAAGAUUACAACAAUUACAAGAUUACAACAAUUACAAGAUUACAGCGAUUACAAGAUUACAAGGAUUACAAGAUUACAACAAUUACAAGAUUACAAGGAUUACAAGAUUACAGCAAUUACAAGAUUACAGCAAUUACAAGAUUACAAGGAUUACAAGAUUACAAGGAUUACAAGAUUACAAGGAUUACAAGAUUACAAGGAUUACAAGAUUACAAGGAUUACAAGAUUACAGCAAUUACAAGAUUACAGCAAUUACAAGAUUACAGCAAUUACAAGAUUACAAAGAUUACAAGAUUACAAGGAUUACAAAGAUUACAAGAUUACAAGGAUUAGAAAAUUAG